UCAUAAAAUAGAAUAUAUUUCUAAGUACGUGAAAUUGAAAUGAAUAUAGUGAACAGCUCCGGACGAAAUAGUUUGGGAAAUUCAAAUUUUUAAUAAUUUUAUUUUAUUCCACCAAAAACGGUGAAUUUGGCACUUUCAGUAGACUUUAGAAGGGAGAAUACAGGACUCUUAAGAUGGUUGAUCCAUAUUGGCCACCUGAAGCUUUCAUAGCGCACCCAACAAAUUCCUCCAGUGACAUUGAAUUAGAAUUACAGGAUUUCACGAGUCUAAAAUCAGAACAUGACCAAGAAAAUGGGUUACCACAACAACAACAACAACAGGGUAUUCUAGAUGAACUCUCUGUAAUGCCUUUGUCCCAACCAACCGUUGUCUUCUCAACUCCACCAAAGAACACACAUCAACAACAUGAUGGUUUAUCAGGUGUUACACAGGAGCGAAAUGCGUUGCAAGAAAUGUACACGAAUAAAAACAUUGGAGAUACUGACAGUCAAAAUGCUGUAAAAUCUCCCAGUUGCUGUAAUCGUGACAUCGUAGUUGAAAAGCAAGAUAAAGAGGGACAGAAAACAGACAAUGAAGAGAGUGAUUCUACUGUGAAUUACAAUAAUGAAAAUCCAGACUCAGUUGACUCGAAUGACUCAGAUAGUAAGAUACAUCACAGUGCAAAAAAGUCAAGUGCUAAAAAGUCGAGAGUAUUAAAUUCAGAAUCAGAAUCAGACUCGGAUAAAUCACAACAAUCAGCCACUGAUGAAGACACAUAUAAUGAUACAAUCAAUGAAAGUGGGUCAGAAUAUACUCCAGACUCUGACACUGAAUCAGAAGAUGCCGAAGGGAGUGAUAUUACUGAGGCUAGUGCAAGUGAGCUCCCUAGUGUAUCUGAAUCAGAAACCAGUGAUGAUUCAAAAUCAAGCACAUGUUCUAGUGGUUCAAAAUAUGUUCCAUCACCAUCGACCUCAAAAGGUCAAGGAAAAAAGCAACGGGAGCUCAGAUCAGAAAGGGUGCGAUCAACCUCCUCCUCUUCUAGUGCUGAUGACUUUAAGUCUUCACGUUCAUGCUCUAAGAGAAGACAGAAGGGAAAGCCACACAAACGCAAUUCAAGUAGGAGGAAUUCAAGUUCCUCAGAAUCUGAUUUCAGGACAUCAAAGAACAAAAGACGCCAGUCCAAGAAAACUUCGAAAAGGAAGAGGAAAGACUCUGGCAUGGAUGCUUCUUUCUAUCGUAACUUUGACAACGAGCAGAAACACCACCAAAUAGAAGAGGAAGAAGAGUUAGAUGAGGACCAGGAAUUUCAACAAGAGCUGGCAGACUACAAAAAAUCAACCAAUGAAGAGAAAUUGAAGUACCUCAUUGAGAAAACGUUAAGACAACUACUGUACUCACCUGAGCAGUUCAAGAACUAUGUUGAAUCCCUUAGAUAUGUGAAAAUUGUAGAUCCUGCGAUUCAGCAUGUGAUGGAUAAAUGGAUAAUGCCAAAAGCAGAGCUGGUGCAAUCAACUGCAUGGAGGCGCAACAUAAAUGAGGCAGCCUCUUCUUUGUCAGUGGCAAUAUUUGAUGAAUAUGAAACAAUAAGAAUGAAGUGUCAGUGCUGUGGCAGAAAGAGAAUGAUAACAAAGAAAGCAAUAUUUACAGGAAACAAAUACAACAGGGAUACACUUGUUACAGAUGAUGAUGAGUUGGAUGAAGGGGUAACAAGAGAAAAGAAGUUUAAAAUUGGAGAUGACUGUAGAGCAAACCUUGAGGCAUUUCACGAUAUUCACCACUGGUUGUAUCAUUUUAAGUCAAGGGCAGUUGUAAAGAUUGAUGAAGUGAAGGCCAAGUUUGGGGAUGAUGUUGAAGUUGAUGAGAUCAUCACAUCAAUAUUAGAGGAUGAAGACUGGAUAGAGGAGCAAACUGACGAUAUUCGGGAGAAGCUUACCACUGCUGAAUGUGUAAAGAUGAACAGCAAAGCUACCUACAGUUCAUGUACAAGAGGCGAUUUCGAUGAUGACUAUUACUAGCUUUACUAGCUUAAAACAACAGGUUACUAAGGGAUCACCACAGUAAACAAAAUGUCUUGUAAACAUCUCAUUGUUCAAGUAUUUUAAUUGACAUUGUGUAUAUAUUCUGAGAAGAAAAAGCAGUACUUGUGAUUUACUUUUAAUUUACUACACGGUCAACUCUAGAAAGUCAGCUUGAUGCCCCUAUCUAUAUAUCUAUAUUGUGAUCAUAUGGUGGCAUAUUGUUAUUGCCACCAUUUUUGUCUUAAGCAGUUGGCAUUCGAAGAUGAGUACCUGAUGUUAUUGUCUGUAAAAGUUGCAUGUUGUGACAUUUUUUGUGUUUGAAAAUGCUCCUUGACAAUCAGUGUCUUGGUGUCAUUUAGGAUAUUUUAGUUACUUGGAUCAAGUUUUGAUUGAAACUUCAUUUUUAGUGGGUGAUACUUUUAAAUCAGAUUAUCAUGUAAUCAUAGAAAAUGAUAAACAUUUCAUAUUAUCUUAGAGGUUAAAUUAUAAAGGUGACAUCUAAUUUUGAAAAUCACGAGGUUAUACUAUGUAUUGCAUGUAAAUAUGUAUAUAUUGACACAUUUUUACCAUAUACAUACAAGAACAUACAUUUGUAUGUAGUACCAUUUGUGUAUUGCAAAAUACAUUGCUUUGCAUUGUAUACAAGGUAGCUGUAUCUCAUGAUCUUCCAUGUAUGAUUAUUUUAUUUAUAUCUUCUGUACAUUAAAUGAUAAACAAGUAUACGAUAGAUACAUGGACAAUGACUAUCUACAUUGAUAAACAAGUAUACCAUGCAUGGAAAUAUAUAUCCAUU